AUGGCCUUUAAAUUUGUGAGAUACAUCCAAUCCAUAACCAUAAUGGCCACAUUCAACGUGAGCAGCUUCAAUCCAGGCUCAUUCAUCCUACUGGGAAUUCCAGGUCUGGAGCAGUUUCAUGUCUGGAUUGGGAUUCCUCUCUUUAUUAUCUAUGUUGUUGCCCUUGCAGGCAAUAGUGUCCUUCUCUAUCUCAUUUUUAUGGAGCACAGCCUCCAUGAGCCAAUGUUCUUUUUCCUCUCCAUGCUGGCUGCCACAGAUCUCAUCCUGUCUAAUACAUGUUUACCCAAAACAUUCAGCAUCUUCUGGCUGGGUCCUCAGGAAAUCACCUUUCCUGGAUGCCUUACUCAGAUGUUUUUUCUCCACUACAGCUUUGCCAUGGAUUCUGCCAUUCUGCUGGCCAUGGCAUUUGAUCGCUAUGUUGCUAUUUGCUUCCCCCUAAGAUACACCAUUAUUCUUACCCACCAGAUGAUUUCUAAGAUAGUGAUGGGUAUCAUUAGCAGAAGCUUUUGUAUCAUCUUCCCAUGUGUGUUCCUAUUAAAACGACUACCUUUCUGCCAAACACACAUUAUACCCCACACAUACUGUGAGCACAUAGGCAUUGCCCGGCUUGCCUGUGCAGACAUCUCCAUCAACAUCUGGUAUGGCUUUGCUGUGCCUGUAAUGACUGUCAUGUCAGACCUGAUUCUCACUGGCAUCUCCUACACUCUCAUCCUUCAUGCUAUCUUUAACCUUCCAUCCUGGAGUGCCCAGCAGAAAGCCCUCAGCACCUGUGGUUCCCAUGUUUGUAUCAUUCUUAUAUUCUACACACCAGCCAUAUUCUCUGUCCUUGCCCACCGUUUUGGUCAUAAUAUUCCUCACUCCUUCCACAUAUUGUUUGCCAACCUCUAUGUAGCCAUCCCUCCUGCAUUCAAUCCAAUCAUCUAUGGGGUGAAGACCAAGAAGAUUCAGGACAAAUUCAUCCUUCUCUUCUUCCCUAAAGAAAACCAGUGA